UCUUUUGGCCAUCUGCCCCGGCGUCCCAGCCUGCGGCGUGAAGCGCUGGCUUUCUGCUUUUCGGGGGUUGGCUCUGGGGAAAGAGGGCCGAGAGAGCGAUCCAGCGCCCAGCUCGUCCUGUCCAGGUCCCGAGAGUCAUUGGAGCUACCACAACCACCAUGGGGCCCUGGGAAGAGCCAGAGCUCCUGGUGUGGCGUCCAGAGGCGGUAGCUUCCGAGCCCCCCAUGCCUGUGGGGCUGGAGGUGAAGUUGGGGGCCCUGGUGCUGCUGCUGGUGCUCACCCUGCUCUGCAGUCUGGUGCCCAUCUGUGUGCUGCGCAGGCCUGGAGCUAACCAGGAAGCCUCAGCUGCCCGCCAGAAAGCCCUGAGCCUAGUAAGCUGCUUUGCGGGGGGUGUCUUUUUGGCCACCUGUCUUCUGGAUCUGCUGCCUGAUUACCUGGCUGCCAUAGAUGAGGCCUUGGCGGCCCUGCACGUGACGCUCCAGUUCCCCCUGCAAGAGUUCAUUCUGGCCAUGGGCUUCUUCCUGGUCCUGGUGAUGGAGCAGAUCACGCUGGCUUACAAGGAGCAGUCGGGGCCACUACCUCGGGAGGAGACAAGGGCCCUGCUGGGAACAGUGAAUGGUGGACCUCAGCACUGGCAUGAUGGGCCAGGGGUCCCACAGGCAAGCGGAGCUCCAGCAGCCCCCUCCGCCCUGCGUGCCUGUGUAUUGGUCUUCUCCCUGGCCCUGCACUCAGUGUUUGAGGGGCUGGCUGUGGGGCUGCAACGAGACAGGGCUCGGGCCAUGGAGCUGUGCCUGGCUUUGCUGCUCCACAAGGGUAUUCUGGCUGUCAGCCUGUCCCUGCGGCUGCUGCAGAGCCACUUGAGGGUGCAGGUGGUGGCUGGAUGUGGGAUCCUCUUCUCGUGCAUGACACCUCUGGGCAUCGGGCUGGGUGCAGCUCUGGCAGAGUCAGCCGGGCCUCUGCAUCAGCUGGCCCAGUCUGUGCUGGAGGGCAUGGCGGCUGGUACCUUCCUCUAUAUCACCUUCCUGGAAAUCUUGCCCCAGGAGCUGGCCACUCCUGAGCAGAGGAUCCUCAAGGUCAUUCUACUUCUAGCAGGCUUUGCCCUGCUCACUGGUCUGCUCUUCAUUCAAAUCUAGGGGGCUUCAAGAGAGGGGCAGGGGAGAUUGACCAUCAGGUACCCUGCCCUUCCCUCUCCCAGUCUGUGGAGAAUAGGAAGGGAUGGGGAAGGUACUGAGGGAGGCACUGAGGACCAAAGAGUUCUCUGGGAGGUAGGAACGGGACCUUUGGGACUAUCUGACCAUCAAGAAGGAAGUAGGCAGACCAAAAAAGGCUGACCCCAGGCCCAAGGAACAAGAGAUGGUCAAGUCACUAGUGACACGAUCAAAGAGCAUUAGGACUGGGGAAGACACUUCCUGCUAGAACCAGGGGCCAGACACUACACGUGGGGGCGCACUGACACAGGUUGGAUGUAGGUGGGCACCCAGCUGCUGUGGGGUCGAUGUAUGGAAGGGGCAUGGGCUUCACGUCAGCAUCCUGUUGGUUCUAGCCCAUUUCAGCUCUGCCACGUGGAGUGGAUCUCUUUACUUUUCUUAGCUCCUACUUCCAUAUCUGUCUCCCUCUCCCCUUUUCCCAGGAGACUAGUGCCAAAUGGUCUCCCCCUGCUGGUUUGGUACCUUCUCCAGUCCUGUUCAAUCUAAAGUGCCAAACAAAUCCCCUCUCCUGUCUAAGCACAGUGAUGUGGCACUGAGCCUUGCCCAGCACCUCAGUGGAGGGGCCUGCCUGCUCUUGAUUUUGGUCCCAGAUCCUAAGGUGGGCAGAAAUGUCUGAGCUGGGGUGGGGCAGGGUUAGAGAGCUGUAGCCACCUACUGCUACUGCAUCCGAGGAAUAUGGAACCUGGACAUGGCGCCCCAUGCCUAGAUGAUCAACAUCAAGCUGCCAAAACUCUUUUGUAUACUCCAGGAACCCGAGGGGGAAGGAGAAAGCCCACCUCCAAGGUUAUUUUGGGGGAGGGAGGGCUGUACAUAGGGCCAUAUUCUCUAGAGUCUAUUUUACUAACUGACCUGUUUUGGGACAUGUUACCCAAAUAAAAGAUGUUUCUAUACAGCUGUA